AUGAACCUGUCUGCGUCCGUGUGCUCGGCGGCGAAGCGCAUUCAGAAGGAGCUCGCGGAUAUCGGCGCGGAGCCCUCCGCAGACUGCUGGGCGGGGCCGAAAGGCGACAACCUCUUCCAGUGGGUCGCCACGCUGCUCGGCCCGCCAGGUCCUCCUCCGGUAGACCCCCUCCCCCCUCAGGGUCCUGCUCCCUCAGACUCACCGUAUCGCGGGGGAGUUUUUUUCCUCGACAUUGCCUUCCCCCAGGACUACCCCUUCAGGCCUCCGCAGGUGUGUUUCCGCACGCGCGUGUACCACUGCAACGUGUGCAGCGCCAGUGGGCGCAUUCGGCUGCAUCUGCUGGACGAUGGCUGGAGCCCUGCCAUGACCAUUGCUCGCGUGCUGCAAGCCAUCAUUCACCUGCUCCGGUUCCCCGUGCCAGCAUCGCCAUCAUUGUCUGCAGCAGCAGUAGUGUCUGAGGAGUGUCAGAAAGGUUCCCCACUGGUGCUGCAAGUAGGGAGGAGGGGUGUGAUGCUGGGAGCCUCUCUUGCUGCGUCGGGGCUGGUUGGAGGGUCAGUGGCGGGGGUGGGCGGCGCUGCAUGGGGGGUGGAGGCUCGGCAGUGGGGUGACGGCAAGAGUGUGGAGAUUCGACAAAUGAAGGAUAACUUUGGGGUGCUGCUAAUGAAUGUGGCAGAGGAGGUGAUCAAUGAGCUGGGGAUGAAGACUGGUGCUGACUACAAGAAAGAGUUCUUCAAGCUGCGCCAGCAGGAGUUCCAGCCGCUCAAGAAGGCCAACUUUGGAGGGCUGGUGUCGCUGGGGCAGAGCUUCACAGUGAACGAUGUUCCCUACUUCAACUUCCAGUCAUACAUCCAGUGGAAGCUGAUCGCCCGCCUGUUCCCCACACAGCGAGUCAGGCAGGAGAUCAGUGCCCGCCUGGGGAGGAAGCUUCUAGACCGAGUGGCACCAGAAGCAGUCACUAUCGCUCUUGCACUCCCCCCAUCCUCCCUCUCCUCCUCUUCCUCCUCCUCCGCUUCCCCCUCGCCGUCCUCCUCCACGUUCUCCCCCCUCUCCCCCGCCACCUCCCUACCAUUCGCCCGCAUCGCCACGUCAGCACCGCCAGCAUCAUCAUCAGCCGAACAGGUGGACGACCAGGAUUGGCUGGACCCGCCGUCGCUGCUGUCAAAGCAAUCCCUCCCACCACCACCACCACCAGCAGCAGCCGGAGGGGGGGAGGUGCGGCCAGCAGGGCUGGUAGCUGGAGUGGAGGAGAUUCUGCAACGCUUGCUGGACGUGGGGUUCCUGCAGGCCUACACUGUGGACUGGGUGGCAGCAGCAGGCGGUGGUUGGGCAGAGUGGGAUAAGGAUCGCCGAGGCAGCAUGCAAGUGAAGGUGCAGGGACCGGCCAAUCUGGAUGGAGCAGUGCUGUUGCUUGCAGAGAGUAACUAUGCUCAGCGCUACUCCUCCUCCAUCAUCCGAGCCUUCUUUGAGCGAAUGGGGGUGCAGGCUGACGUGGAUGAGUACUUAUACAGGGAGAAACUCAAUGUACGACAGUAA